CCGGUGUUCGCUUGCGACGAACUUGCUUUUAUUCUCUCGCUUCUUCGAAGGGUUCCACAUCAUCUCCUCUACUCUCUUCUCUCUCUCUGCGAGUAUUGUCCUCCGAUAAACGCGAUUUCUCUCUACAGAUCGAAGCGAGAACUGCUUGUUUAUGUGAUCCUAAUUGGAGAUUGGCCGUGGGAGAUUGACAACCCAACUUGCUACAAAUUUAGAGAGCCAAUUUCCAUUGAAAGAAAACCUGAUUUAGAUCUUUUUCUUCCUAGAACUCUUCUGGAGUGCCAUGAUUUGUCAAAUUUUCAGGCAACGAACAAAAACUUUCUACCUAAUGUCAUCAAACAACUUUCUAAGGAACUAAAGAAUCUCAAUGAUUCUCCACCUGAAGGCAUUACUGUGGUUGUGAAUGAUGAUGAUUUCUCUUCCAUAUUUGCUGAUAUAAAGGGACCUGCUGGCACUCCUUAUGAGAAUGGGAUAUUCCGCAUGAAGCUUCUAUUAUCUAAUGACUUCCCUCAAUCCCCUCCCAAAGGCUACUUUGUAACAAAGAUCUUCCAUCCAAACAUUGCCACAAAUGGUGAGAUUUGCGUCAAUACUCUGAAGAAGGAUUGGAAUCCAAGCCUUGGAUUGCGUCAUGUCUUCACUGUAAUCAGAUGCUUGUUAAUAGAACCAUUCCCUGAAUCUGCACUGAAUGAACAGGCUGGUAAGAUGCUCCUUGAGGACUAUGAUGAGUAUGCCAGGCAUGCCAGAUUAUACACUGGCAUUCACGCCCUUAAGGCCAAACCAAAACCAAAGACAGGAGCGAUAUGCGAGUCCACAAGUGCUCUCAAUGUUGAUCAAACAAACACAGUUCAUGUUGAUAAAGUGCCAUUUCCAUCAUCCACACCUCUUACUCAUGCACCCAUACCCUCCAAAAUAUUAGGAAUGGCUUCGCAGGACCAAAAUGUGAUUCCUGCGCCAUCAGCAAAGGUUGUUGAAGCUCCAGUAGCAGCUCAGAAGAAGGAAGCAGUAGCAGCAGCAACAAUGGCAAAAGCUGAUAAGAAGAAGAUCGAUGCCCGGAAGAAGAGUCUUAAGAGACUGUAGAGUGGGGCGAGGGCAAGAUCUAGGCGCUUAGACCAAAGAAAGGGAUCUUUAGAAUGAUUAUGUUAGUUGUUGUAGCCUCUUAGUUUCUUUUCCGCCAUGGAUGAAAUGUGAUGCUAUUUUCUUAUUAUUUCUUCUCUGGAUGUUCCUUCUACAUAAGAUCAUUGCAUGCGGUCUGAGGAGGAAUUGGAAAACUUUUUAAAAUUUCUGCAAAUUUUCUUUUUAUUAAAUUGUCUGGUUAAGGUUA